AUGUUAGAGCUUAUGAUCAAAGACAUGGAGGAAUGGCACCGGCGAUUAUUUGCCGUUAUCCCCAAAAAUGAAAUUCUGAAUGGGAUCUCUUUGGGUACAGACUUAAAAUUUCAAUCUAUUUACUUUCAGCAGCUCCAUUCGGAGUAUCGGAGCACUUAUCGUUGGCAUGAGUUCACUGGCAAUUCGCGUCCUGAAGUGGUGCGUCGUGCGCCAGCGCCCAAUCCAAGUCAAUUUAUCGGUCCAACGAAUGAGCCACCAUUGCCUAGGCGGAAAAAAUGUCCCGAAUUGGCAUACAAGUCGCACGAGUUCAUUAUCGGCUCAGAGUAUACAGAUGCGAGAGGUGGACAUGCCGGUGCCAAUCGGUUAGCAAGGUCUGAAGAACGCGGUACACCAUCACGCCGGAGCAAAUCUGAGGGACCGCCAGUUGUGCCCAAUGGACGUGCGUAUGCCAUACCAGAGGAAGUUGAUGGAACGGCUAAAAAACAGGCGGGUGAGUCAAAUGGCCUAUUCAAAAAGACUAUGUCAAAAUUGAGCACAGAAUAUCGUUUGCAAUUCGUUUGGCCCAAUGUCCGACGAAUAAAGGGCAUUGAGGCCGGCGAUGCGGCGGAUCACCCCAGAAAAUCAAUAUCAAUGGGGGCGCUCAAAGCUAGCAAACAACAACAGCAACAACAACUGCAUCUAAGGCAACAACCACAACCGGCGAUGCCAACGGUUCAUAAAAAACGUACAACAAAUCAGAAAGAAGCUACGCUACAUGAGUUGGAGCCGCUGGUUAGCGAUGCAGAAGAAAGCAAACCACAUGAAAAACAAGUGGCAAUUGCGGAGAAGGCCGAACGAAAAAUAACCAUACGCCCACUCUCGCAAGCAUUUGAUCAGGAACGCGCCAAUCACUUCAUCACCAAGAAGGAGAACUUCGGCUUCGAAGAGGUCAAGGACAAGGCCGGCGAUGGCGUGGACAACAAGCAGCAGGAGCAGGAGGUGCUCUUGAAUGGCACUGCACCGCCACGUUCGCAACCGAAUUUGGAUUUGUGGUUCAAGGAAGUCGUUGAAUUGCGAAAGAAGGCGGGCGAGUACAAGUGCCGCGGUUGGGGUAUAGAAAUCGAUCCAGAGCUAUACAAGAAACAAAGGGAUCUUUGGGAUCAGGUUUCGAAGCGCAGUUCACUGUCCGCCUUAUCGUUAGCAUCUUCCGUGCAUAGACCUAUUACUAAAGAGGAGAAGGAACAGGAGAAUAAUAAAAAAUCCAUACCAUUAAGUAAAGCCACACAAAAAUCCCGAGUUCCUGGCCAUGCCCAUAUGCUUGAUAAUAAAGAUGAGAUUUCCGCACUGCCAGCUCGUUUUAGCAAUAUACGCCAUCAUUUGGAGCGCACCACUGGUCCUGAUGUUGAGGAGGGUGCUCUCUUGCCAUCGCCCACACGCGAGAAACUAAUGCCGGCUAUUACCAAGCGUGAGUCGGAAUCACAACGUGGCAGUCCCAAGAAGACGGCUGCCUCUCGGCACGGUUCACCACAGAAGGGUAGUCCACAGAAAGGCAGUCCCAAGAAGGUGAUCAAAUCGCGUUCACAAUCCGUUGGCCCGGCUGAAAAUGUGUCGCCGAAGCGUCAACUGCGCUCUGCCAGUACAGCGCCCAGCGCACGGCUGACAGCUGGCAAGAAGACGCCCACAGUACCUCAUCAUGCGACAACAGCAGCAACGACCGGUAGUGGAGCAGUCGAACGUAAGCCACGCCCAUACGAUGCCGAGGAUGGUCGUGAGACCGCCAUUUCCGUAUCGAGUUGCAGCCCUCAAGCAGCGCCUGAGAUACCGGAUGAGCCUAUUGUCAAAUCGCCACCAGAGCCUACACGCGUCAAAUCGCCAGAGCAGAUAUUGAUGCGCUCACCGGAUCCAGUCAAUUGGACUGUGCCAUUGGAUACAGGGAAAACAUUCACUGUCACACAGAAUGUCAAAGAGGGUGAAAACUAUAGCCGGCCACAGAGCGAAAUAAAGGCUUCGACUCCGGUCGAGAAGCCACCGCCACCACCACAAUCGGCACCGCCACAAUUAACCGAACAGGCUAAAAUGGACGCCUGGAAACAUGCCGAACCGAAGAUGGGCACCACAAGUCCAACCGGUGCCGUUGGUGCUGGACGCUCAAUUGUCGCCACGCAGCCAACCGCUGGCGCUGGUGGUCUGCCAUCACCACCACCGCCACCACCACCACAACUAGCCGGCAAGCCAGUGCCCGGUUCAACACUACGCUGCCUCGAUGAUCCCAUCUUUGAUGUGGAUAUCGGCCACUUGGGUGGUGGAGGUGGUGGUAUUGGUGUCAGCGCUGGUGGCGGUGGCAACACUUCGUCAUCGUCCACGUCGACCACCACGGCGGUAACAGCACGCACCACAGCGCACGAUGUGCUAGAAAAGGCUCGUGACCGCUUCGAUCGCUUCUGGGGCGGCAGCAAGGAGGAGGAGGUUUAAGUUGAAGGCGAAGAAGCUAAGAAAAAAAUUAUGAAACAGAGACGUUUGGUCGGAAUGAUGAUGGUGAUGGUGAUGGUGAUGAUGAUGGUGAAAAUGAUCAAAGUGAAGUCGCUAGCCACUACUUAUAAUGUUGUUAGUAGACAGAUGUUGGUAUUAGAGAUCGUAGAGAUUUGGAAGUUCAGCAAAGUUUACAUUGAGAUUUUUAUACUCAUUUAGAAAGAAAACAAAAACAAGCAAGUUUUUAGUCAAAUUCAUGAAACAACUAUUAUAAUAAUUAUAAUUACUACUAACUAAUAUAUUAUCAACAAGUCUAACACAAAAUGAAUGCCUACUAUUUAUAGAAUAAUAAAUAAUAAAAAAAAGAACACAAAUAAAAAAUCACAAACAGCAAAAACACAAAAAAUAUGCAAAUCUGCAUUUGAAAGUAAACAAAAAGAAAAAAAAACGAAUGCAUGACAUAAAGUGAAAAUUUACAGAAGCAAAUAUUUAAGUGCAGAAUACUUGCGCCUAAGAGUCAUAGCAAUAAAAAUAAAUUAAAAAUGCAUAGUGUUGUCAUACUGCAUAUAUCGCCACAAAUACACACCCGUACUACAACAUAGCAUACAAACAAACACUUUGUUAGCGCUGCGCUCUUUAAAGCCACACUAAUUGACACACUAAGAGAAAACGAAAAAAAAAAUUAUACACAAAUAUUUUAUUGCAGGAUCAAAUCAAAUCUUUUAAUAUAGUUUAAUAGCAGAUAUUUAAAACCUGAAUGAAGAAUACACAGGGUAGCAGGAUUUCAAUUCAUAGCUCUAAAAAAAAAUGUAACGACUCUAUUUAUAAUCGCAAUACAAGCAGUUUAAUAAAAGAGACAAACAAAAAAAUCGAUACAUAGAGCAAUCGAUAACAAUUACAUAAACACUAAUUGAGUUAAUAGAAAUUAAUUAGCUAAAUAUGCGAGCUGGAGUCACAAAAUAUACUUACCAACAUAUUUUGACAUUUCAAGCAUACAAAGGCGACGUGAAAUGGAUUUAUUUUUUUAUUUUCCGAUUCUUUAUUAUAUUUGCAAAUCUUACCUAUUACUGAGAUACUAACAAUAGGUUCACAAAUCUUAAUCAAUUAUUCCUUUUUCAGCAUUUAAUUACUAAGUGCUUUAAUUUAAUUAACCUGCACUAGAACUCGACACUGUAUUCGUUAGUCAUUUUCGUAUAGAUUCGUUUAUCAUUUUCAUAUUUCGUUACGCGUAAAAUGGAUUUUACUUAAUAGGAUGUUUAUGUAAUUUAGUUUUAUAACUUAACAUAAAUUGUUGCUUUAUUACCGCUUCCCCUAUUGAAAUUUGUAGGUCUUUGUAAAUGCCCGUAGUUCCAAUAUACGAUGGUACUACAGCAAUUGUACGCAGCAUUUUUGAUUGUGCUCUCAACGCGCAUUUCGAUAUAUAUUGUUGUUGCUAGCAAUGCGCCAUUGUUCAGACACACGCCGAGAUUGGCUUUAGUACAACGUUAGCCAUUUUUAGUUUUCUCAUUCACGCCUUUCGCUGCCAACGUCACUGCUUGCCCACGUAUACAAUAAAUUUCAGCUCCUUCGUAUAGCAUACGAACAAUGUUGUUCGGACGUAUUGUGUAAAUACAGGCACAUAGUAAUAAGCGCUAUCGCUCUCUGAGGCAUGAAUGUUUAUGAUUGCUGGGUUGGCUGUGCUGAGAGUUGCAUUCAAUAGUGUAUAAGUGGUAUUCUCCCAUGAAUGCAGCUUGUCUGUUAAUUUCACAUACAUACAUAUACAUUUCUCAAGUGCUAUCCAUUACUCCUUAGAAUCAGUGCAGUGCGGCACUUCGAACUACCCCUACUCUAGCACUCAAGUUGAAAUUUAAUUGUAGUUUGUUAGGUGAAAGUGCUGCGUUUAGAUUAAUAACUGCAGGCUACAGGUUUGAUUUAAAUUAUUUCUAAAAAUUGACUCAAAGUAUUUCAAUGUUACUUCUAACAAGUAGUGACUAAUUGGCCCUUACGUAGGGUAUGAAUAAAUUCCUCUCAACCUACAUACCACAAAGGGAAUAUUAAACAGUUUCAAAUUCCAUCUGCUGUAGCUGUUUGAAAAGUGAUGUGGUGAAAUCUCCUCCUUAGCUGCGAGAGCAGUACGAAAUCUACGCACAUUGAAGAAUGUGCUUCAGAUUACUGAGGAACCACUUUUACGAAGAAUCCAGGCCUUUAAUUUAUAAUAUAGAAGAAAAUUGGAAACUCCUUAAUAUUUGCGUGAAUAGGUAGCUACGGAGUAUGAAUAUAUGAGAGAUAUGUGGAAUGAUUACGUUUCGAGAACCUCAACUCCAUUAAUGGCAAAAAGUAUGUAAUGAAUUUAGCAAGAACACGCCUUUGUAUGCAUUAAAUGCUUUGACUUGACCAAAGCAUUACUAAUUAAAUACUUAAAAAUUAUUUGUGGCAUAUAAACUCUAUAUUUAGAAAACGUGUUCAAUUGUCUAAGAACUCAUUAAUAAUAAGCUCAAUAUGAAUGUACUUAUAAUUACGAAAUAGUUGUGUUUUAAGUUUAUAAUAUUUUGGUAAAAAUCUAUGUACUUAUGCCAUUGCGAAAUUUUUCUUUUCCAGCUUAAGGAAAAUAUAAAGACAAAUUCAAUUUGUGCGCAAAUAAAGGGAGUUUUUAUUAAUUGUUUGAAAAAGAAAAAUACGAUGUGGCGAAAGGAAAAAGUAAGCUAUUGGAAACAUUUAUUUUAAAUUCAAAUUAAUUGAAAAGUCCUUAGGGCAAGCGAUCGGUUUUUGGUUGAUUUGGUUUUGAAUGUCAUAUAAAUAAACUCUUCGAAAAAUGUGUUUAAAAUUCGAAGUUUUUUUUCGAAAAUAAUGGAUGACCGAGAUAUUUUUUUUCUUCUAAUUUUGUUUUAAAUACUAUAGAAUUUUUUUAAUUUUUUGUUUUGCUUCAGAUAAUAGAUGACAUCGGUCUUAUUUUGUUGCAUUGUUUAUGACAAAAAGUUCUUAAUUUUUUUUCAUCAUUUAUAAUAGAUCACAGUGAUUUGUUUUUCAGUUCUUUUUUGAAUAGUA